AUGCAGCGCAAAGCCUUUAUCACUAGUCAGUGGAAACCGGUCUUGCUCCGAUCUCCAGAGAACAUUGCUAAGUCAAGCAGGAAUCAAUGUUUCAAUUUUUUGGAGGGAUCUGACCUUGCAUAUCCCGGACAGAUCAACAGAUACAACGGCUUGGGUCAACCCUUCAAGUUAAAGGAAAUAUGUCGCCUCUGUCAUAUGACACGAUUGCAUUUGUAUCAAGCCAAACAAAUAUGGAACACGACUCGGUUCUUUACACAAUGCUUAAAUUGGACCAUAUUAUCUGCAGAUCUGUCACCAAAUUGUAAAACAAGUGGUAAAGAUCGUGCCGAAGGCACCCAAAGACGAACCUAUGAGUAA